AUGUGUCUGGGGCGUGUCCCUCGUCACGCAUGUGCCUGGGGCGUGUCCCUCGUCACCCAUGUGUCUGGGGCGUGUCCCUCGUCACCCCAUGUGUCUGGGGCGUGUCCCUCGUCACCCAUGUGCCUGGGUCGUGUCCCUCGUCACGCAUGUGCCUGGGUCGUGUCCCUCGUCACCCAUGUGUCUGGGGCGUGUCCCUCGUCACCCCAUGUGUCUGGGACGUGUCCCUCGUCACCCAUGUGCCUGGGGCGUGUCCCUCGUCACCCAUGUGCCUGGGUCGUGUCCCUCGUCACCCAUGUGCCUGGGUCGUGUCCCUCGUCACCCAUGUGCCUGGGGCGUGUCCCUCGUCACCCAUGUGCCUGGGUCGUGUCCCUCGUCGCGCAUGUGCCUGGGUCGUGUCCCUCGUCACCCCAUGUGCCUGGGUCGUGUCCCUCGUCACGCAUGUGCCUGGGGCGUGUCCCUCGUCACCCAUGUGCCUGGGGCGUGUCCCUCGUCACCCAUGUGCCUGGGGCGUGUCCCUCGUCACCCCAUGUGUCUGGGGCGUGUCCCUCGUCACCCAUGUGUCUGGGGCGUGUCCCUCGUCACGCAUGUGUCUGGGGCGUGUCCCUCGUCACCCAUGUGCCUGGGUCGUGUCCCUCGUCACGCAUGUGCCUGGGUCGUGUCCCUCGUCACCCCAUGUGCCUGGGGCGUGUCCCUCGUCACCCAUGUGCCUGGGGCGUGUCCCUCGUCACCCAUGUGCCUGGAUCGUGUCCCUCGUCACCCAUGUGUCUGGGGCGUGUCCCUCGUCACCCAUGUGCAUGGGGCGUGUCCCUCGUCACCCAUGUGUCUGGGGCGUGUCCCUCGUCACGCAUGUGUCUGGGGCGUGUCCCUCGUCACCCAUGUGCCUGGGGCGUGUCCCUCGUUACCCAUGUGUCUGGGGCGUGUCCCUCGUCACGCAUGUGUCUGGGGCGUGUCCCUCGUCACCCAUGUGCUUGGGCCGUGUCCCUCGUCACCCAUGUGCCUGGGGCGUGUCCCUCGUCACCCAUGUGCCUGGGGCGUGUCCCUCGUCACCCAUGUGUCUGGGGCGUGUCCCUCGUCACGCAUGUAUCUGGGGCGUGUCCCUCGUCACCCAUGUGCCUGGGCGUGUCCCUCGUCACCCCAUGUGCCGGGGGCGGGUCCCUCGUCCCCCCAUGUGCCUGGGGCGUGUCCCUCGUCACCCCAUGUGUCUGGGGCGUGUCCCUCGUCACCCCAUGUGCCUGA